CCAGCGGGUGCGGCAUAUCCCGCAGGGACUUGGGUCCGGAGGAAGGCAGCGCCUUGGGAGUCCCCGCCCCGCCGCCCGCGGCUGCAGACAUAGCAGAGGCGGAGCAGCGGGCGAGGAACCCCCGGCCCAAGCAGGAAAAAGGGGGCGCCUCCGAAAGCCCGUCCAGCAACUGAGAGGCCGCUCGGGAUCCGCCUCGUUGUCUCCAGCCGCCGCCUCUGCUCUCGGGCAGGUCGAGCAGCGGGGCGGCGGUGAGCGCAGGGACAGCAGCAGCACGCGCCUUCGCCCGCCCGGCUGCCCCUUUUCAGGGCCCGGAAUCGCCGCGGCCACCACCUGACAUCCUCAGGCAGGAAACUGCCCCCGCUCUUCUCGGAAAGACGCGGAAGAUAGAACGUAGCGGCAGCAGCAGCACCCACAGCGCCUACACCCGGAGAGACUAAGAGCCGAGGCUCCGCCCCCUCUGCCGGAGAGCCGGCAGCCAUAGGCGGAGGGACCUGCAGCAGCCGCUUCGGCUCUUUCCCUCGGCGUCCCCCGUUUGUCGGGGCAGUUCCUAUUUUCUUGCGUCUGGCCCCUGGCAAAGCUACCUGUGCGUCCACGCUUUUCUCUAGCACGCGCACGCAUUCCUAUUUAUCAGAGGCGCUCCCUGUUUUCUUGACCCUGACCUUGCCUAAGUGACAAAGAAGCCUCCUGGCAACACUUCCUGAAGAGAGUGAAUGAGACAGAAGAAAACCUCCACUUUCUAUAUCUGGAGAUGCUGCAAAGACUGUGGGCCCUCAUUCAAAGUAGGAAUGCCAAUGUUGGUCCAACAGACGAGGAAAGCAGCAGCAGUACUCCUGAAGGAGAUCCUGCAGUUUCUUUGGUGGCCCUUCCCACGGCCAGGCAACACAUGGCCUUCCAUAGUCCACAGACAAUAGGCCCCAAAUCAAAGGAUCAGAAGAAAGCACCUUCAAAACGUUGGGGGUUUCGUCUCUGCAGAGGAGACAAGGACAUUUCCGUAGGGGGUGGGGAAAAUAUAAGACCACUCUGGGACUGCUGCGGAAAUUGUAAAAUCAGCCCCCAGAGCUAUAAACCUCUAGAGGAGAAGCAAGAACCAGAGCCACACUGCAAAAUGGAUAGACUCGAUGUCCAUUCCACAACAAUCCAGCACUCAGCAAUACUUAGCAUCACCCCAGAGAGCACAAAUACAAUUGGAUCUGGCACUGCAGUUUCAUCAGCAGAUAGCUUGGACACCACAAUCCAGACUGUGCCAUCAUUCCAUUCAAAUCGAACCAACAUAAUAGAUAUCGACAUCAUCAUUAACGCCAUGGAAUGUGCUAAUAGUGGAGAGAAGGACUUCCUGAACAAUAACAAUGAGAACAUUAGCUUCCUCCGUGCCAUUUCUACGUGUUGUGUGACGGCGCAUAAAUGUGGGGAGGACACACUGGAUCUCCCAUACACGAAAGAUGAAUUGACAGAGGUUCUUGUGAUGGUGAUGGAAACACUGCCUGUCCACUCUGUGCCAUCCUUCGUCCUCUCCUGCUCAAUGCUCACUGUCUACAACCUCAGCAAAAUGAAGCCCCCUCUUGAUCCUCAGCUAGAGUCUGGUGUCUUGCGGUUAGCUCUUCAUGGCAUUUUCAACAUGGAAACAGAUUCAGGGAAUCCUCAUAGCCAGGCACUCUACAGAUCAUCUACAGACACAAUGGAAAUAAUGCUGAAAGGCUUGCUGUCUGAGGAUCCAACUACCAGCCAUCUGCUAUUUAUACUGGAACACAUCAACUUCUGGAUUCAUUCCAGUGAUACCCAAGAGAGAUCCAGGGCCAUUAACUGCAGCACUUCUUUGCUGCGCCAUGCUCUUCGGCUGUCAGAUUUUGAUAAGUCUGGUGAGCUUCCUGCUUUGGGACACCAUGUGGCACAGUUUGGAAUCUGUAUCACAGAUCCAUUGGAAGAUGUGAGUUGCCAGGCCAGGCUGACCAUCAAUUGCCUUUAUGAGCUGCUCCUUCAUCAGAUGGGGCUGAGCAUGAGUGAAGCUGGAGAACUGUGGUGCCCAAAAUCAGAAGACAAGAAGAUGCUGGCUUACAUGGAUUCCUGCAGGGUGGGUGAGCUGUUCAGAAAGAUCUUCACAGAAGACCAGAAGAGAACCUUUCUGCAAACGUCUUUGCUGUCCAUCUUCAGUCCCCAGAUGAGGAUAAGUCAGGCUGGGAUCCUCCUAGUAUAUUCCCUCCUGGGGAAGGCAAAUGAGAUAAUGGGAGAUAAGGCAGAAGACAUAGAGAAUAAGGUCUACGAGCAGCUCCACAAGAUCCGGAUACUUAGGGAAGUGCCAGAAGGACUGCAAGGCUUCCGUCCAAGUAAAGGUGACGUGAUACUUGAGAAUAAAAAGAACUAACACCUUAAUACUACUUCAGGCAGGAAGGACAGCAGGAGACAAGGCUUAUCAAUGUGCUUUUACGUGGCCCCUUCUGCAGUAUGUGUCUCUUCAUCCCAUCCACUGCAGCAAAGCAAAUCUUGCUGUCGAGGAACCCCUAAGGGACCCCAGGAACAGCUUCUUCCCAGAACCAAUUUUGCACUGGAUCUCAGAGCAGCACUUGCUGCAAAGGACACUUAGAAGCUUCGGAUGGCAGGCCACUGAGUAUACUGCCAAUGGACAAUGGCAGCCAGAGGGAUGCACUCCUUUGGGAUGCCCCUUCGGUGAUCCCAGAGGCCAGAGCCUCUAUAUUGCUUUAGUUUUUUACUGGAUUUUAACUUUUAUUGCAUUGAGAUUUUUGUGCAAGAUACUUGUGUGUUACUUUGUAAACCACGCAGAACAAUAAUAAUAAUGUGGUUAUACACAAAAAAGGAAAAACAGAACACAGGGGUGGCAAAUAAGCAAUCAGGUGUAUGUGUUUAUACAAUAUAUACAAGGUUGAAUUACAUUAUGUCCUACUUACAGUAGACCCACUGAAAUCAGUGAACCUAAGUUAGUCAUGUCUACUAACAUUACUCUGGGUUUACUCUCAGUAGGACUAUCACUGGAUACCCCCCUUGUGUCUGUCUGUAUGUACACAAAAACACACACACACAGGAUGCCCAUUGUCUGAAGAAUCAUACCUAAUGUGCACUCUUUUUACACUCGCAUUACAGGCUACUGAUUUUAGCAACAUGCGCUAAC